AUGUAUACACCCGGCGAUCAUCCGGAAGGAAAUUCUCAGAUUCGCCGCGCCAGCAUUUUUGACCCUUUUGCGGAUUUCUCUCAAAUGAGCAGGAGUCGUAAAGCAGUAACAGGAAGUCCAGCAGCAGCAGAAGCGGGAAGUCCAGCAGUGGCAGCAGGAGCAGCAGCAACAGGAAAUGCAGAAGCAGCAGGAGGCGAAAAAGGAAUAUAUGAAGACCCUAAAAAGAUAAAGAAGGUCUGGGCACAGCGGCAUUUAACUUACUGCGAACUUCAAGAAGAAGAAGACGAAGAAAGACUAAGGCUCUUGUACCAAAUAGUGCACGAGGUGUAUAGACAGUUCGGAGGCAAAUGGAGUAAUGAGCUGCCUCCGACGUCCGCGCUGAUAAAGUUGCUACGGAAGCCGAAGGUGGAGGGCCUUCGUGUUGCGGUGCCUAACCCUCAGUCUCUUUUAAACAAGUACAUAAUGAAGCCUUGUGAAGCGGUUGAGUUGGUUCAUUCUUUGCUUAUUCCGCUUGUAAUGGAGAGAUUUUAUCUCUUUGAUAUGCGCUUUGCUGAGAGCCCGCGCCUACUAAUAGAAGAAGCAACUUCAGCAGCAGAGUGGUGUUUAGCUACACGCGCAUUGAGUCGGAUGGGGAGGAUUGCAAAUUAUCUCCUGACAGUGAUAUUGGAGUCAAGAGUGCCGGGGCUGCUGCGUCUUUUGUUUCGUCUGAACGGCCUCCAGUUUUUUGAAUAUCGAAUCAGUUAUAUGCUGCACAUGCUGUCUUGGAGGGGGCAGGAUAACUACGAGCCUCCAUUGGAAUUUGAACGAAAUAGAGAAAAAGCAAUAAUAAAAUGCCGCAGAAGCGAUUUGCUGCAGAUCAUCAACGGGGAAGAAGAGGAGAUGAGCAGGGAGUUGAGCCUCUGGAGCAACUUGCGGCGAAGCCUACACCGCGGUUUAAAUGUAUAUUUGUGCCGAACUGUUUUGUGUUUUAUUGCUGAUAUGAUGUACCUGAGCUGCCUAGACACCGCACCAAUCCUGCUGAGUCGCGCGAGGGAAAUGCACACAGCUUUAGACACAAUUGUUAUUCCUGCUUUGAGAGAAGUAAAAGUACAACUCCUAACAAACGUAACGCUGGACUUCUGCUGGAAAGCGGCAGUUUGCCUUCGAGAUGUCUUUAAGAAGACAGCUGAACAAGAAGACAUAAACCCCGAUACUCUCUUGCCUUUCACCUUGCCCCAGCGUUGGGGCCUCCGGGGUGGGGGGCCUUGGCCCUCUUUGUGGCAGAGCACAUGGGAGGUCCCCUACAUAAACUGGAAGUCGGACUUGACAACAUUAGAUGAUUACGAACGAACGAGCACACCGCGCAAGAACGCACCAGCAGCAAGAACAGCAAAAGCUUCAAGAAGGACAGGGAGAACUCGAAGCGGCAUUAGCAAAUUAGGGGAUAAAACGAAAAGGCCACCAAGUCCUCCUUUGUUGGACUCAGCAAACACCGCAAUACCCCGAGAAGAAUACUUCUUCCUUCGGAGGGAGAACACAGAAAAUUUUGAAACUGGACGUUUUGUCAGAGCAGCUCAGGCAUUAGAGCAGAUGAAUCUGCUGCACCCUCAGCAUCAGCAGGAGCAGCAAGAGCAGCAACAGGAUCUAGAGACGAUGCCUCUGUACAGACAGUGGAAGAGCCCUGUAAUUCCUUGUUGGAUGCCGGGGUGUAAAGCCGUUAUUUUUCAAGGUCAAGCAACAGGGCCUACGCUAGAAAGCAUGCACUAUUGUCCAGAGUGUCACGUCGCUUCGUAUUGCAGCGAAAAAUGCCGUGAGGCCCAUUUGAACUGCGGACACUCAGAGGUCUGCUGCUACUUCAAGAAGCCGCCCACCUUCCUGCGUUUCCACAUGUUGAAAAACCAAAUUCCGAGACAAAUGAAAUAUCCCAUUUUAGAUGUUUUCCAUGGACUCUGUGACUUAAACUUCACGGUGGACGUACAACCAGAGGAUUUCCACCCGAUAUUUUAA